GUCUCCCCGUCGUUCCUCAAGUUCCACAAGACCUCGUCCCUCCGAUCUCCACAACGCAAUAUGCCGGGUGUAAGAGACGUUGCCGCAGACGCAUUCAUUACUGCAUACGCUUCCCACUUGAAACGAUCAGGAAAACUCGAAGUCCCAACAUGGGUGGAUAUUGUCAAAACUGGUCACUAUAAAGAACUGGCUCCUUAUGACCAAGAUUGGUACUAUGUUCGUGCUGCCGCGGUCGCCCGCCACAUAUACCUUCGCAAAGAUGUUGGUAUCGGUGCCCUCGCAAAACUCCACGGUGGCCGUAACAGGAGAGGAAACCGACCCUCGCACCACGCACCCUGCUCUACCGGUGUUCAGCGCAGGAUUUGCCAAUCCCUCGAAAAAAUCGGUGUCCUGGAACAGACUGAUAAUGGUGGACGCAGAAUAAGCCAAGAUGGUCAACGAGAUCUCGACCGGAUCGCUACAGCAGUAGUCGAAGCUGCCAAGGAGGAUGAGGAUGAGGAUGAAGAGGAGCAGGAGCAGGAGCACGAACAGGAGGAAGAUGAAGAGUAA